CUUUAAAGACUCAGCGACGCUUCUGACAAACUCUCCGAAGUUGGGAAUGAAGAAGAGCGGCUCUCAGCUCAUGGAAAGUCAGACUAUCCUCUCCCAGCUCAGAUUCUGCAAUAAAGUAUUGGGUGAAAUGCUGUCCCUGGGCAUUAAAGUCUUCUGCUUCCUACUUCUAAUUGUCACCACAUCUACCCACGCUUCGAUGGAAGUUAAUUUUGAACUUAAUUUUGAUCCAUUCAUCCAUCACUUACCUGGCAGCAAAAAUGGAAUAGAAGAGAACAUCCCAACAGACCUGCACAGGCAGAAGCGACGGGUAGCUGCACUUGGCUUUUCUCCUGUGGACUACAAGGUUGACAUUGAGAUCAUUUCUACAGAUUCAUCUCUCUUGGAAUCCCUCAAAGAUUAUUUCAAGAAUCUUAGUUUUCCAGUCAUAAUAAACACCUCAGAUGCAGCAAUGAACAUUUCAAGCCUCAAUAUUACUACAGUAUGCAGUCUCAUCAGUAAUAAUGAGACCCAUUGUUCUUGUGAAAGUGGGUACGGAUGGCCAGCUGCAGUGUGCAGUGCCAAGUCAAUCUGUCCUGGUACCGUCCCAACACAAGAGGAGAUCUGUGACUGUAUCACAGAGUUGCCUUCUCAAGGACCCUAUUGUCAGCUUCAGCCUGGAGGUCAAACCAACGUCUCUGUGUCCCCUGAGGACAUUUUCCAGGGGGAUACAGUAAUAAUGAAUUGUAAGACAUGGGUGGAUACAGGGAACGUGACCUGGUAUCAUUCUGGACAUGAAAUCUUGAAUAGCAUCCGGCAUUCAAUACGUACAAUAACUAUAGAAGAAAUUACAAAGUCAGUUCUGGAAAUUACCAGUGUUACACAGCAUGAUACUGGUCCUUAUACUUGUGUUUUCAUGAGCAGCAGUGCGGACUACUCAUUGUCAUUUAAAGAAACACAAAAUAUAACAGUAGCUCCAAUAAACGUUGUACAAUCAGGAGACACUGAAGUUGUAUGUGACGGUACCAAAGUAACGCUGAGCUGCUGCGUUGAUGGAAAUAUACAAUACUUUACUACUAACUGGAGACCAAAUAGAGCAACAAAUAUUUUGGGAACCGUCAGUUUCACUCCAAACUGUACUGAGUACACUCUCCAAGCCAAUCAGUCUCAGUGCCCAAACAAGUCUGACCCUGAGAUAACGUACAUGUGUGAUCUGAGCACAGGGCACGGCGCCCUCAGAAGCAAAGCCAUCAAAGUGACGUAUUUACGAGUAGCAAAUGUAGAAAUAUCUUCAAACACAAAAGCUCAAGUUUCUCAGGGACACAGUUUUUCUCUAACAUGCACCAGCAAAGUGAGCAAUUGCAAUAAUGUCACCUGGCAAAUCCAGUCUCAAAUUAUAGACUCGGGACUGUACCUCUGUAACUUGGAAUCCCCAAGCAAUGUGAGGUCCGUGCUCACAGUGAAGGCUGCCACUCAGGCCUGGAAUGGCACCUAUACUUGCACGUUCUUUCAGAAGUUUUUGUCAAGUUCUGCUAGUACAACAGUUGAGAUUGUUCCUCUGCCUCUGAAGCAGAAUAUUGUACGGGAUCCCAUUCAAGGAUUUAUCCAAUGCAAUGUACCUCAGAUCCUAAAGUGCUGCAUAAAUGGAAUGGAAAACUAUGUUGUUAUGUUCACAGUCCGACAAAUGGAAUUUAAGGGUGUGAGAAAAACACAAGGAAACCAAGUGUGCUACACAUACAAUUACACAGAAAGGUGCAACCCGCCGUCAGAUGUCGUAGCAUAUUGUACCUUUGUUAACCGCAUUCAAGAUAAGGUCAAAAGUUUACCUAUGAACCUAAGUAUUAUACCAGAAAAUAAAGUUACAUGCUCAAACAGCAUUGGUGUGGGACAGCAAGGAGCACAGAUAAUAAAACCAUGCCCAGACUCUAAAGAUGUGAAUGGCACGAGCAGCCCUGUCAGAGGGACUAUAAUCUAUGUGUGUAACAACACCAACUGGGAAGUUGCUAGAAAGAGCUGCAUAUCUGACCGAAUAAACACACUGCUCAGUAGUGCUGAGUCUUUAGUGUCUGGUCCCCAGCCAGCAGAACAGCUAGCCACAUAUCUUGAGACUCUUCAUAAUAUUACAAUAAAGGAACAACAAGAAAUAAACAAUUCAUCUGCAAACCUGGGGGCAGUAAUUACCAUUCUGGAUUUGGUUUCAACCAUCCCAACAGAUGCAGAUCCACACACAAUGACAAAUUUCCUCUCUACAGUGGACAUUAUUGUCAACAGUUCCACAAUACCUGCCUGGAAAGAUCUGAACAAUCAGCAGACAGAGAAAAGUUCUCUGUUACUGAAAUCAGUGGAGAGAUUUUCCCGGUCCCUCCAGCCAGCUAAUAAUAUCAUUCCUUCUAUCACCAACACCAACCUUCAGCUGCAAGGUAUCAUUAUCACAGAAAAUAGCAUGUUGGACUAUAAUAAGAACUUUACUUUCCCCAGUUCAGCAAACCUCAGCGGUAAUGUGCUAAUUAGAAGAAAUGAAACUGAGAACUUGAAACCAAACUCGACCAUCAUCACCGUGGCUUUCUCAACCCUCAAAGAUAUUCUGCCCAAGCCCAACGAGACAGGUAAGGUUGUGAAUGGUUUGGUGAUGACGACAACAACAACGAACAGCACGCUCUCUCCGGACUUCCAGAUCUCUCUGACAUUUGCCAAAAGCAAUUCUUCCCUGGAAAAGCCCCAGUGUGUCUUUUGGAACUUCUCUCUCUCUGGUAAUGCAGGAGAAUGGGAUGACACCGGUUGUCACCUGAAGGAUGAAGGAGACAAUAUCAUUUGCACCUGCAGUCACUUGACUUCGUUCUCAAUUCUGAUGUCGCCCAACCUGAAGCUGACCCAUCCUGGAACCCCACUAGAUUACAUUACCUACAUCGGCCUGAGCAUUUCCAUAGCGAGCUUGAUGAUCUGCAUAUUAAUUGAAUCCCUGGUAUGGAAAUAUGUGACCAAAAACAGAACCUCCUACAUGCGUCACGUCUGUAUAUUGAACAUAGCUGUGUCUCUUCUGAUUGCAGACAUCUGGUUCAUUGUCACUGCCUCCCUACAAGACACAAAUAAGCUAGUGAAUGGGAAUGUCUGCAUAGCUGCCACCUUUUUCAUCCACUUGUUCUACCUCAGUGUCUUUUUCUGGAUGCUUGCCCUGGGCCUCAUGAUCUUCUAUCGCCUGGUCUUCAUUUUACAUGACACUAGCAAGACCAUCCAGAAAGCUGUAGCAUUCUCUUUGGGAUAUGGGUCCCCUCUUAUUAUAUCAGUCAUCACCAUAGCUGUCACUCAACCGCAUGAUGGUUACAGAAGGGAAAAUGCCUGCUGGCUCAACUGGGAGAAAAGCAAAGCUCUCCUUGCCUUCGUUGUACCCGCGCUGAUCAUUGUGGCUGUGAAUUCAAUCAUUGCGGUUGUAAUCCUAGUCAGAAUACUAAGGCCUGCCAUUGGAGAGAAGCCAAGCAAGCAGGAGAGGAGCUCCUUGAUUCAAGCCAUCAAAAAUGUUGCCACUCUGACGCCACUAUUAGGCCUUACCUGGGGAUUUGGACUCGCAACCCUUAGCAAAGACAGCUCAAUAGUAUUCCAUAUACUAUUUACUCUCCUCAAUGCUUUCCAAGGAUUAUUCAUUCUGGUGUUUGGAACUCUCCGGGACAAGAAGGUAUUAGAAGCCUUGCUGAACAAAUAUUCAUUUACAAGAUGGAGUAUGCAGCAAACAAAGUCAAUGUCCCUGGGUGAUUCUGCCCCCGUGUUCUCCAUGAGCUCUCAAGUCUCAGGAGCACUAAACAACUUAUUUGGCAAAACAGGAAAAUACAAAAUUUCUUCCACAGAAACAACAGGUUCAUUUAGUGAGCCCACCUCCAACACAUAUUCUCUGCUUCACUGAUGUGUUGCAAAUGUUGAACCAAGAAUGUGAGAAAGGACCUGCGUCUUUUUGCAAGCCAUACAUCAAAAGAAUGAAAAAAUACUCUGAAUCAUAGAGAAGUGGAUAUCACCCAGAUUGCACUGUGCCUUGGCGUGUUUUUUAACAAGCAUCCCUUCUAUUUAACAUGUAUGGAAAGUUCAUGAUGUGGAAUGUUAAAGAGACCACUAAUGCUAAAAGAAAUUUAAAAAUAUUCCACAUAGGGUCCAAUCCUAUGAUGGGCUCCCCCUAAUCUCAGUGACAGUUGAAGGCGGUCAGCAUCAACGAGGAGGUGCUUGGCACUGUACAGGAUUGAGCCAUGAGACUACACUAAACUUCACAUGGUCUUAAUAGUUUCGCUUUGCCAAUUUUCUGAAUGAUGCCAAAUGCAUGCAUAUAUACAUCCAAGCCCUCUCUCUCUUACUUGCUCGUGUAGGGGUGUCAAGGUUCCUCCCCCACUCUGAACUCUAGGGUACAGAUGUGGGGACCUGCAUGAAAAACCUCCUAAGCUUAUCUUUACCAGCUUAGGUCAAAACUUCCCCAAGGUACAAAAUAUUCCACCCGUUAUCCUUGGACUGGCCGCUACCACCACCAAACUAAUACUGGUUACUGGGGAAGAGCUGUUUGGACGCGUCCUUCCCCCCAAAAUACUUCCCAAAACCUUGCACCCCACUUCCUGGACAAGGUUUGGUAAAAAGCCUCACCAAUUUGCCUAGGUGACUACAGACCCAGACCCUUGGAUCUUAAGAACAAUGAACAAUCCUCCCAACACUUGCACCCCCCCCUUUCCUGGGAAAUGUUGGAUAAAAAG